AGACUACUCCUCGCAGAGCGAUCAUGACUUUCUCCGGCCUUGCUAGUAGUGUUAGGACAGCUUUGCUGAUUUCCGCUGUUAUACUCUGCACGAUGCGUACGUUUUGUUCGGCGGACGAGCCUCGAAUUGUCGGUGGAUUUCCCGCAACUAACAUGGCGCUGUACCAUCAGGUGUCCGUUCGAUCGAAAUCCGCCGAUCUAAGCACGUUCGGUCGAGGUCACAUAUGCGGUGGAAGCUUGAUCAACGCCGGCACGGUGUUAAGCGCCGCCCAUUGCAUGGUGGACGUGAACGAUAGACCACGGGCAGCGAGCUACUUCCGGAUCGUGGGAGGAAACAUCUAUCGCAACACCCAAACCCCCCAAACGUUCGUCUCAGACGUGAAGAAAGUCGUGGUUCAUAGCAAUUACAACGCGAAUGGUUUCCUCAACGAUAUAGGCGUCUUCAUUCUCGCGAAAGAAGUCGCCAGCAAUCACGUCUCGCUGCAGCCAAUACCGCUGGCCGUUCAAGUACCACCGAAUGGCACACAGUGUCUAACGAGUGGCUGGGGCAGUCUGUACUACGAUGGACCGUCAAGUGAUGUGCUGAUGGCGGUGAAUAUAUCGAUAAUCGCGAAGGCUACCUGUAAUGCCGCCGGCAGUUACGCCGGUUCGAUCGUGAACGGUAUGCUGUGCGCUGGUGUCAUGAAUGGCGGCAAGGAUGCGUGCCAAGGCGAUUCUGGUGGACCGCUCGUGUGCAACGGUGUGCUGGUUGGAGUCGUAUCGUAUGGUGUGGAUUGUGCCCUGCCGCAGUAUCCUGGCGUGUACGCGGAUGUCCCGUAUUACCGUGAUUGGAUCGUGAAAAACAACUCCCACGUGGCUAACCUGCCGUCGGUGGUGUUGAUCAGCUUUCUUUCCUUUGCGUAUUUCUGGCUUAGCGGUGUGCGACAGAAUGCUUCGUAAGGACCUUGCUGUGAUACGGUUCCAAACCGGCCGGCAGUUUGUUAUGUUGCUUUUUAUGGAAAUGUUUUCGAAUUAAAAAAUAAAAACUCAAACGUACAAAA